CUCCCCCCUCUUAUAACUCGAAAAUAUUUCUGCCUCCCGUCUCUCAUCUCCCCAACGCCCGUCGCUUCUCUCGGGCUCCUCGUAUUCGCCUUGUGAAUUUACGGUUCUGCCCCUUGUGGGCCCCGCCACUGCAUCCUUUCCUUUUUUUUUGUUUGUUGAGACCAUCUGCGUCCAUUGUCUAGUUUGCCUUUUUUUUUUUUCCUCCUCCACAGAGAAAAAAAGGCUCUCUUUCUUUUCGACGGCUCUGCUCUUUGCUGAGGUGGCGCGUGGUGAAGCGGAGCCGUCGAUAUGUCGCUCAGCGAGAAGCUGGAGGCGGCGCGUGCCGCUCUCGGCAAGCGCAAGGAGCGGGAGCUGCAGGCGCAGGGGCUGGUCCCCGCGCCGGCUAAAGCCGAGCCGACGAAACCGGCUCCGGCUCGGGGCGGCGGCGACAACAAGAUCCUGGCCGGCGUCCUGGCCCACGAAUUCCUCGCCCACGGCACGCUCCUCGGGCGCCGCAUCGAGCCGAGCCGAACCGGCCCGGCUUCGGCUCCGGCUCCCGCCGCGCGAGCCGAGCCCGAGCCGAAGAGGCGGUACGACGAGGUGUCCUGGCUGCUGAUGGCGAGCGGGGUCCACGUCCCCGGCGUCGUCAACCCGACGCAGCUCGGCCGCUGGCUGCAGAUAAAGGACUGACGGCCACGUCGACGAGACAGGAGGCGCGGCGCCGUUGGCCGGAGGCGCCGACGACCCUCCGAGGUGCUCUAACCUGCAGAACCGGUUCUUGCCUGGAAACAUCUAGCGUUUCGCCAUUUUGGCCUCCUCUCUGCGCUGUGCUCUGUUUCUAUUUAGAUUUUUCUAGAUCUAGCGAGAUCGAAACUGCGUUUUGUACCAGCUUUGUUUGACGCAUUGUUACUGCUGCUUUGUUGCCGUAUCAUGUAUCCAUGCCUGUUUCUACAUGAAAAUGUGUGUCGGCGACGACCGGACGAGCUGACCUCGUGUGCGAAGGCCGCCGAUCACUUGCCCCGUU